AUGGCUCCUGAUCAGGUGAGGGCCUCGCAUUUGCUGGUGAAGCACCGCGACGCUCGUCGCCCGUCCAGUUGGAAGGAGGCCCAGGUCACCAGGAGCAGGGAGGAAGCGGAGUCAAUGAUUGCAGAAUUCCACCGCCAGCUGACGUCUGGUCAGGCAGACUUUGCCGAGCUCGCCCGCAAAGAAAGCCAUUGCAGCAGUGCCCGGGCCGGAGGUGAUCUGGGCCUCUUCCCUCGAGGCGCAAUGCAGCGUCCCUUUGAGGAUGCUGCCUUUGCGCUGCCAGUGGGAGGGCUGAGCGGUCCUGUGUUUACGGAUUCCGGGGUGCACCUCAUCCUGCGUACGGCCUAG